AUUUUUCCUGACAUGGAACGUUUACAUCUAAGCCGUUUUGUUCUCUUCCUGGUUUCCACCCCAAGAGACUACAUCAGUAUUACAAGAUGAUAUUUUCUCCGCGCAAGGCACGUUUCACGAUCGCUACGGUGAUUCUUUUUGCCUUAUUUAUCUUCUUCUUCUCCAAGAUUGGCAACAGCGGCGAGGAUAUUUCCAAAGCCACCACUGCAAAGGCCUUCCAGAACGUGGGCGGUCCACCCCCACCAUCCCCACCACCAGCCGCUAAGCAACCAGAUAUCAAGGAGCCAAAUGUCCCGGUCCCACCGCCAAAGGAGGACGCCGUGAUCGACCCUAAGUUUGUUGAUACCGAAAAGGCUGCGGAUGCCAUCAAGAAGCCGAUUGCUGAGGCCGAAGCCGCCAAGAAGCCGGUUACCGACGCGAAGAAGCCGGUUGCCGACGCGAAGAAGGCUGCUGACCCCGACGCCUGUUCCGAAUCUGAAUUUGUUGUGAUGAUUGAUGCUGGGUCCACCGGUUCGCGCGUGCACGUCUACGAGUUCAACACUUGUGUAUCCCCACCAAAGUUGUUGCGUGAGGAGUUCAAGAUGAUGAAUCCAGGCUUAUCCUCUUUUGACACAGACGCUACCGGGGCUGCGGCUUCCUUGGACCCAUUGUUGGAGAUUGCCUUACACACCGUUCCAGUUUCCAAGCAUAGCUGUACUCCAAUCGCCGUCAAGGCCACUGCGGGUCUCAGAUUGCUCGGUGAUGCCAAGUCCAGCAAGAUUCUCGCGGCGGUGCGCAAGCACUUGGAGGACGAUUAUCCGUUCGCGGUGGUCGAGGGUGACGGUAUAUCCAUCAUGGAGGGUUCCAACGAAGGGGUUUACGCCUGGAUCACCGCUAAUUAUUUAUUAGGCAACAUCGGGGGUAAGGGCAAGUCCGCUACCGCCGCUGUGUUUGACUUGGGUGGUGGCUCUACCCAGAUCGUGUUCCAGCCGCAAUUCCCAGUGAACGAGAAGAUGGUUGACGGUGAACACAAGUUUGACAUUUCCUUCGGAGGCACCGACUUCAACUUGUACCAGUUCUCCCACUUGGGGUACGGUUUAAUGCAAGGUCGCGACAAGAUCAACAGUUUGCUUAUCAAUGACAACUUGGCCUCCAAUGCCGAACUUGCUGCCUCCAAGGUUGACCAAGGAGCGGACAUCAAGACCAUCAAGGGUGCUGUUACCUUGAACAACCCGUGCAUCCCACCGGGCGUGACCGCCGAGAAUGUCAAGGUCACCAUGCCUAACAAGGAUGUCUACGUGGUCAACUUCCAGGGCCCGGCCACCGCUGCUGGCAGCCAAUGUAGCAAGUUGGCGGAGAGCAUCUUGAACAAGGACUCUGCCUGCACCGUCCAGCCGUGUUCCUUCAACGGUGCGCACCAGCCUUCGUUGACCAAGACCUUCCAGGCGACCAGUGACAUGUACGUGUUCUCCUACUUCUACGACCGCACCAACUCGUUCUUGCCUUCCUCCUUCACCUUAAAAGACUUGCAGGACUUGACCGAGACCAUCUGCUCCGGUGAUGCCAGUAAGAUGUCCUCUUUCACCCACGACGCCAUCAAGGAAUUACAGGACGAGCCACAGUGGUGCUUGGACUUAACCUUCAUGGUUUCCUUGUUGCACACAGGCUACGACAUUCCGUUGGAGCGCGAAUUAAAGACCGCCAAAAAGAUCGCCGACAACGAGCUCGGCUGGUGUUUGGGUGCCUCCUUGCCAUUGUUGGACAAGAAGGCCGGUGGCUGGACUUGCAGGGUCACCGAGGUGACCGAAUAAGCAUAACAUGCAAAAUGACCAAGAGCUCACGGUAACGGAAACCGGAGGGUCUCGUCUCCCAGUCUCUUCAUGUUUGCCCAUAGAGUGGACGUGUACAAUUUAUUUCAUGUUACAUCGAGGCUGUGGUCUGUAGAUCGUGAAGAGGGGUAAACUGGAGAAGAAUGUCUAGUAAUUGCAGUAUAUACUUUUCUGAGAAGUAUGUGUUUAUUGGAUGAUAUCAGUCCACGCCUAGAAUACUAAUACUCCCGAAACUUGAGAAAACAAGUAAUUGUAAACCGGGGGAAGUAGCACUCGGCGCUUUCGGG